AUGACAAUCAAAAUUUCUCCUCUCUUUUCAUGUCUCUUUCUCUUUACUUUAGCCAUUCCUGUCCUUAGCCAUAGAAAGAUUAAAGGGCCGAAUUUCGGUAAAACAUCGGCAUUCGAGUUCGUUAAACAUUUGGAAGGUUGUCACAAGGGUGACAAAAUAAAAGACCUUCACGAGCUCAAAAACUACCUCAAAAAAUUUGGUUAUCUUAGUCAUCAAAAUUUUACGUCUGAUGAUUUCGAUGAUGCCUUGGAGUCGGCCCUCAGAACAUAUCAAUUCAACUACCAUAUCAAGGCCACUGGGAUCUUAGAUGCUGAGACUUUAUCGUUAAUGAUGACACCUCGAUGUGGGAUGCCCGAUAUUGUUAAUGUAACUAACAGGAUGAAAUCCGGUGACAGGGACUUGCACCGCACUCAUCCUGGUUCAAGCUCCAUCCACGAAGUCUCGCAUUUCAGGUUUUUUCCGGGCAACCCAAGAUGGCCAGCUUCGAAAACACGCCUCACGUAUGCAUUUCAAGCCAAUACACCUGCUGCUGCCAUUAAGCCGGUUGUGAGAGCAUUCAACCAAUGGGCUUCCGCAACGCAUUUUACAUUCUCGCGCGUUCAUAAUACAGUAGGUGCUGAUUUAGUUAUCGGUUUCCAUAGGGGCGAUCAUGGCGAUGGAUUUCCAUUUGAUGGCCCUGGUGGGAUACUAGCUCAUGCUUUCCGCCCCGAGCGAUGGAAGAUUUCACUUCGAUGCAGAUGA